GUUGGAGUCUUGUUUAUUGGGUCCUCUGUUUCAGCGAGGCGUUUGCUGCGAUUGGCGAAUCAGAGAACUGUAUUAGGUUGCACCCAACAUGAGGAAAAUAGUAGUGCAUGGCGCCUAUGCUGUCGAGGUAGUCACUGAAUGUCACCACCACAGUGCUUCUGCUCCGGUUCGUGCCUAUUCCCUAAAUCUCAUAAUAUGCCUUCUCAAUUUGUUCUCGUCACACUCCAACUCCGUAUCUCUACUCUUAACCUCGAUACCUCUUUCAAAGUGUUCGAACCAUACCCCACUCCCGGAAAUGCCAAUGCUUCUAGCCAUUUUUUCAUGCUAUAUGUCUAUAGCACUCUACCUUCAACUUCGCAUUCUCAGGUUUUCCAAGCCAGUUCAAGUAAUGAGUGUGAGAUGGAGUGAAAACACGGUAGGAGAGCCUUGACCCCUUUUCACAAAUCUCCCGGUGUCUGUACAAGACCUAAACCUGCAUCACUUGACCCAGAAACAAAGCUUUAUUAGUGAUACUUCUCCUGCAGUCUACAG